AUGGCGAGUAGCCGGUCCUGGCUGCUGAUCUUUGCCGCUCUCAGCCUAGUUGCUGCUGCUGGUACCAAGUACAAGCUGAUUUACAACGUGGGUGACCUUGGCUAUACCAAGAGUUCCAAGGGCACGGCCGGUGUUUCUGGCAUUUCUUUCGAGGAUCAGGUGGCCCUGGAUGAUGAAACAGUUGAGGACAUUCAGCAACAAGUGGCCAAUCAGACUGGUUUGGAUCCCAACGACGUGGAAGUUGGCGGGCGUGUGAAUAACAAAGGUGAAACCGAAAUCGUGGUCGAAAUUGUAGUCGAUGACGAAGAAACGGCUCAAAACAUCAGCUUGGAAGAGAUCAUCAUCAAGGCACGAAACGGUAGCGAUGUCACUGUCACGCCUGGUGAUCCCAAAGUCGAGGUGGCCGACAAUGACGAUCAUACCACUUUGAUCUUGACCAUCAUCUUCAGCAUUUUGGGCGGCCUCUUGCUGAUUGCCGCCUUCGUCUACUCCUACCUCAUGUACCGAAAGAAGCAGGACCAGAAGGAAAAAAAUGGCAUUCCGCUCGCCGAUCAACACGACCGCCCGCGAAUGGAACCCGUCAAGCCCAUUGAGGAGGACCCAUCAGAUGUUGUCGUUGAUCCGAAUCGCACGACUCGAUUGCCCACAAACGGGCGUCAUAUCGCUGGAAUGCGGCUGCCAAUGAAGUGGCUGAUCCCGCGCCCGGGGGCAAGGUGCAAUAUGGAACGACAGCAGAUGUGGCGGAUGCCGUGGUCCGAAACCCUGACCAGUUUACUGAGCCUGCCGUCGAAGAAACGCCUGCAGAACAACACGCCACGACAGGUGCAGUGCUUUCCCCUUUUGUGUGAGGUCGCCGCCGCUGUCCCUGAUCCCUGGGAUUUCCUCGCUGACCCGUGCGCCCGUAUUCAUUGGUUAGGCGAGCCAGAUGACAUUGCCUCGCAGCGGGCCACGUACCGCUGGAAUGCAGCGGCCAACGAAGUUGCGGAUCCACCACCAGGCGGAAAGCCCGUGGAACAGGAUAUGGGCGAUAGACCUUUGCCCGUUGCUACGCCUUGCGCACUUGCCAACAUGGCGACUUCCAACGAACCGACCAACACGACUGCCGUCGCUCAGGUUGGCAAACCCGCGUCUGACAACGAGAAAAACUCAAAGGAUGAGACUCAGGGCUUCCGAGUCAAGAUCUACAACCUCAACGAACAGAACGAAUGGGUUGGCGACGACACUGGCUUUUUGCGUCUCGAGCAUGCAGAGGAUGGCCUCGAGCUUCACGUCCAGGACGAACGCAAUCCUGCCUCGGUGUGCUCGAACACAACGUUGUACUUCAACCUCGAGUGGCUAACCCAACCAUGUGUGUACGGUGCUCAGGAUCAACACGAACUGCGAAUUCAAGCCUGCCGCGAAUGCGAAAUCACGGCCGAAGCGAUCGUUCGCCGUGGUGACAUUCCCAAACUCAUCGAACUCUUUACACGCUGUGAGGAUCUGGAUGACGAAGAGAGUCUGGCGCAACUGGCCAUUGUCUUCAUGUCCAUGCUGCGAAUGGCCGAGCACACCAUUAUCAACGUUUUGUUUGAGGAUGAAUACAUUCUCUCAUUCUUUGGAGCGCUCGAGUACUUGCCCAAGGACAUGCAGCGCACCUCCAUCCCCCAUCGCCAGUACUUGACUGAAACCUGCUCCUUACAAGAGGACGUGAUCAUGGCGGGUGUGAUUGACGACUACCUCAUCAGCAUCAUAGAUAGCCAUAUCCGCUUUGCAUCACGCGAUAUGCUCGACCUCGUCAAGAGUGACCCCGUCUAUUUGGAGUCGAUACUCAAAGCCACUGGUGGUGAAAACAAUGCUGAGGAGGUGGCUUUGCAACAAGCCAAGUUCCUGGACGAACUGUUUGCCUCAGUCAAUUCUUUGGCCGCCAUUGACGUCAGCGGCAGCGACAUUCGACAUGAGCUAUUGCUGCGUGCUGUCAAUGCCGACUUUUUCAACGUGGUUCGCGUGUGCCUGCUCCCUGAGCAAGCGGAUGCAUGCUCAAGUGAUACAUGUGUGCCCUCGUGCUGUAUUGGCUGGGGCUCGCGGCAGAUCCACACCAACGGUGAGCUCAUGUUGGAGGUGGCCCGGGCUUUUGUUGCGGCCGCCACAAUUGCCAACGUUCAACUUCUCGCGCAAACGUUGUUGUUCCUCUGCGAUACGGAAACCAUGGAAGAAGUGCGUGCCAAAACGGACUUUCUCUCGACUUUUUAUGCGCCUGCUGGUGCCAUGUCCAUUCUUGAAACGACCAUUGACAAUUUGGAUGAGCAAUGCCAAAGUAACGCAGGACAGGAGCGCGUCCUGUGCUUCCUCGACUUUAUCUCCAAAUGGAUCCCACAGCGCAUGCACAGUUACCACAUUAAAAACUACAUUGCCCGCGGCAAUGUCGUAAACAAGGCAGUCCGAGUUCUCAAGCCCAAGUACAACAUGCUCCUUGCUGUGGGUGGGGCCCGUCUCUUGACGGCCAUUGUGCGCGAUGGCAACAACCGCGUCUUCAAUCAAUACAUUGUCAAGCACGACCUAUUCAAAGAUCUGCUGAGUCGGUUUCGUCUCAACGGGCAGCGUGACAAUUUGCUGACCUCGACCACUUUGGCACUCCUGCACUACAUUAAGGCCGAAAAUGUGGUCAUGUUGCUGGAAUACCUGGCCACAAGCUACCGCGAUGUUCUGGAGUCAAUCAAAGGCAGCACUCUGGUGUGGCUCACGCACCUGGGCCGCAAUCUGAAUCUGGCGACAUCACGCUUUCGGCAAGAUGGCUCCAUGGACGAGCAGGAAGAGGAUUAUUUCAAUGAGGAAGAUGACGAUUCAGAUCGGUCCUCAAACGAUCCAAGCCGGCAGAACAGUUCAACCGACGUUUCGGGUGACGAUACCGACUCGGCCCCAUCUAGUCAACGCAGCCCUGCCUUUGGUGCCUCUGGGCCUCCGCCUCGGCCCUUGGUCAGCUAUGAUGAGGAUGACGAUGAAGACGAUGAACCCGUUUUCAAGCCAGCCGUCAAGCGUUCCAAGCUGCAAAUCAACCUGAAGACGUCUGCCUAA